AUGAUGAAUACUCCUCUUCAGCAUGCAAUAAUACGGUUGUAUGUCCCGUCACCGAAGGCUAGGUCCUAUGAAGAUUUGAAUCCCGUCGCCUACAUCAAUUCACCUCACCCAUUACCAAAACAUUACCUGGCACUGAAGCAAACACUAUUCUAA